AUGUCGAGCUCUCAGCUUCAAGCGUUGGCAAAGGUCCGGGGGAUGCUAGACUUUGUCCUCCACCCGUCUUCGCCUGACACGAGCGGUAUACCCGUCGGAGAUGAGAAGCUGCGGAAGGUGAUGGAGUGGGUCUCCAAGUGGGAAGAUCCCAUUGACGGCGAACUGCUGCCAGGUGCGUCCCAGACCGCAGAGGAGCUUGUGGCCAAGGGCCUGUUUAAGGACAAGUUCACCGCGGCUCUCCUCAACGGGAUUGAACCCGAAGAUGGUGGGGGCGUGGGCACUCCGUUCGAGAGCGACGGCAACGGCGACUGCUUGUUGAAUUCUGUGGCGGCAUUCUUUGCCAAAGACGGAGGUCGAGGGGUCAGAAGUGCUGUGAAGACAAUGGCGGUGAAGCUUCGACUCAGCGUCGUGCUGUACGGGCUGAAAUACAUGGAGCUAUUCCUACUGGAGCAGGACGAACAUUUCGGGGCAUGGUACAACUACACGUCGGAUGUGUGGGAAAGGCUGGCGAAGAACGGGUGGGAUGGGGCACCCGACCCCGACAAAACUGGCACGUCGGGUCGUCAAAAUGCGCGCGGCUGAUGUUCCUUGCGCAGUUACGGAGCAUAGCAAAGCCUGGGGUAUGGCUCCAACAGUUUGUCUUUGCGAUACUCGCCACAUUCGUUCAAUCUCCCCUGCGAGUGUUUCUGCCAUGUGAAUGUGUCUGGUGGAGGACUACGGUAGAUGCAUCCUAGUUAGAAUUACCGGUUUGAUAUCGCAGCAAGUCCAUCCGACACAUCAGCUCAUCGCCUCGCCGCAACACGCAGCAACACGCAGUGUAAUUGUCCCGGUAGUAGGAUCGUUGUUAGUUCUUUGGGUGCCUGCCGAUGACCCGCCCAGUUUUCAUGUACGAAUUGGAUGGGCGACGCAAUACCCGAAAGGAAAACGAAAGGAAAACGGAAAACGGGAAAACGGGUGGGUGACACGCUAACGACACUUCCGUCAUGUCGUGUUUGGGAUUCAUUUUGUGGCCGCCUCCUCUCGCGCUCGGACUGUUGCAGUCAACUCCCUGAACGAUGCUCAGGGAGGGCCGUGGAAGCACACGCUGUUUCUGCCGUUGUGGGAAACGGCGCGCAGGCCUACGCUCCACGUGGCCAUGACCAUGUGUUACAGCUCCAGCUACAACCCGCCCUUCGAGAAUGCGAAUGGAUACCUAGAGUACGUGAGAAACAACCUUCCCGAGUUCAACCACUUCGUGACUUUGUCGGAUAACAGCGCCCUCGUCGCGAAGGACCGCGCUAUAACGAAAUUCAGGAUGUUGAGGCGUAAGGCGAAGGAGGCGGCCACGGCUUCAGAGGGGAAGCUAGCAGACGCUAUGCUUGGUCCAGGGCGGAAAGAAAUGACGGCGGACGAGGAGGAGGAUGUCAUGCACAGGCUGACGGGCGCCCAUACAAGGGCAGAAUCCCACCUCGAGAGACGCGAAUCUGACUUGAAACGCAUCAUGGGCCAUCAUGUGAGACCGUUUGAGCGCGCGGAGCAUGCAGCAGAAGGAAACGAAGAGGCGUUCGAUAUCCGCGUGGUGAGCACGUCGAAGUGCGAUACGGUGGAUACAAUCUCAAGCUCAAAAUUCGCCAAUUCGCUAUAUUGUCGGCGCCGUUGAUGUGAGCAGAAACAAGACGAAGUGGGCGUUCUACUGGCGGCCCACUGUCCUCACGCUAGGCAUGGUUGUCACUCAGCGAGAGCACGGAAGGUUUAUUCGGAGUGGCGAAGCGCUCGGGUGUCGAGAAGAAGCUUUCGCUGUGCGCUCUUUGGGAUCGCCUGCAACACCUGAGCAAGAUGAUUGCCAUCGAGACAGCGAGGUGCGAGGUGACUUUGUAUGUUACCGAUCCCAAGAGGCUUCGCGUGCGAGGGGGUCCCUAGUGGGUAAAUUAACUAGACGCUCAAGGAUAAUGAUGGUAGUUGACGUUAUACAUGAACCUCUCCCGUCGCCACAUAUCAUACACCUUAUUUCAUGCAGCACUCCGAUGCAAUGCAUGCAGGGAGUGUGUAGGUGGUGAGUGAGGUUGAUCUUUUGGUGCGUAGCAUAUAUGUGAAUAUGCGAUUCGAGCGUCUAUUCCCCAGUGCUUACUUGCACCUGUACUCCCUUUCCCCCUCGGCCUGCUCCCCGGCCGGGGCCUAAAUCGAUCUAGUGAGUCCCUCGCGGGCGAACCAGGACACAACAGAUAGUAGGCGGGUGGUGUCCCAAGGUGCAACUCACCGCCGCGCUGGCUCAGCGUGGCCAUGAGGAUGCACAGAGGGUGGUAGUGGCGAGAGGUGCGUAUGGACACUGUUCCCGCGGCAGUAAUGCAAAGCGGCAAACUGCACCUGGCAACCACCGUCGCGGAAAGCGUGGCCCACGAAGCUGGAGGAGUAGAGAGAUUCGUAAACACCACGUCAGUAAGCACCGCUCGCGGGAGAAGGGAGACAACCGCGGGCACCGCGGGGAGGGAGUGCUGCACCCUCCUCGUCAAAACACCACAGGCAAGAACCGAGCUCUGCAGUGAUGGAUUGAUGCGAGGAAAUUCGCCACUCGGAAAAUACGGAAGGAAGCACACCCCCAACGCGGGGCGGACCGAGAGAGACACGAGACCGCAGCGGCCGUCAAGGCGGCUGCGAAGAAGAAGGCACGAGAAGGCGACCUAUCGUUCGGCACGUUCAACGUA